AUGUCGUACAACUUGGUUGAUAUUGGAGCGAACUUGACACAUCCAUCUUAUAAGGAAGAUUUAGCUGAAGUUAUUAAGAGGGCAAAACAAGCUGGCCUUUCCAAAAUUAUGGUAACUGGAACAUGCUUGGAGUCAGUUGAAUCUGCUUAUAAGUUGUCAAACGAAUACAACGGAUAUUUGUAUUUUACAUCAGGUAAACUUUUCUCAACUUUUUGAAAUUUUUAGGUGUUCAUCCUCACGAUGCUAAAGAUUGGAAAGUCGAAACCGGUACAAAAAUUACGGAAUACUCGCAGAAGCCGAAUUGUGUUGCUAUUGGAGAGUGUGGGCUUGAUUUCAAUCGUAAUUUCAGUCCUCAAGAAGUGCAAAAAACCGUAUUUGAAGAACAGGUAAUAUUACAUGUAAUAUAUUUUCUGUUUUCCACAAUUUUUAUUGUUUAUCACAAUGCAUUUUAGGUAAAAAUAGCGUGCCAACUACAGAAAGCUAUGUUUAUUCACGAAAGAGACGCUUUUGAUGAUUUGAACUUAAUCUUGGACAAGUAUGAAACUGACCUUCCGCCGAUAGUUAUACAUUGUUUUACUGGAACUGCCGAACAAGCCAUUAAAUACAUCGAAAAAGGAUAUUAUAUCGGAUUAACUGGAUAUUUAUGGAAAGAUCGGUCAGAAAAUGGAAUUCGAUGUGCUUUGAGAAGUGGCAAUCUUCCUAUAGACAAGUUACUACUUGAAACUGAUGCUCCUUACAUGUUCUGCAAAGUAGAUGAUAAGAAAGUUCCAUUAGAAGUUCGAGAAAAGCUGACGGAGAAAGCCAAGAGUCUUCACAAGUUUUGUAAUUUCAAGAGGAAUGAACCUUGUGGAUUGGCAAGUUCAUGCGAAAUGAUCGCUGCUUUUGCCAAUGUUUCGCCUGAAGAGUUAGCGAAUGUAACUACCAGUAAUGCAAAGCGAAUUUACAUGUUAGAAUAA